AUGUCAAGCAAAUGUCGAGGAAUUGGUAUUGAUUUGGGUACAACUUAUUCGGCAAGUGUUUUCUAUGAUGGAAAAGUUGAAAUAAUUGCCAAUGAAGAAGGCAAUCGAAAAACGUCAUCAUAUGUUGCAUUUACUGAUGGAAAAUGUUUAGUUGGUGAUGCGGCAAAAAAUCAAGUCAAUUUGAAUCCAUACAAUACAGUUUUUAAUGCAGAACGUCUUAUUGGACAUAAAUUUAAUGAUUCCAUAAUUCAAUCUGAUAUAAAUAAUUAUCCAUUUAAAGUAGUAAAUAAGAAUGGGAAACCAAAUAUUGAAGUUGAAUAUAAAAAAGAAACAAAACUAUUCUCACCUGAAGAAAUUCUAUCAAUGAUUUUAUCAAAAAUGCAAGAAAUAGCUCAAACUUAUAUUGGAAAAAAGGUUUCUGAAGUUGUUAUAGGUGUACCAGCUUAUUUUAAUUAUUCACAACGACAAGCGAUAAAUGAUGCUGGUGUUAUUGCUGGUCUUAACGUUCUACGUAUCAUAAAUGGAUCCACACUAGCUGGCAUGGCUUAUGGUUUUCAUAAUAUAGUUUCAAAAGAACAAAAUGUGUUAAUUUUUGAUUUGGGUGGUGGCACUUGUAAUGUAUCUAUUUUAAUAAUAGAAGAUGGAAUUUAUGAAGUUAAAUCAACAGCCGGUGAUACACAUUUGGGUGGUGAAGAUUUUGACAAUCGAAUGAUCACAUAUUUUGUUCAAGAAUUUAAAAGAAAACAUAACAAAGACUUAUCUAUUGAUAAACGUGCUCUUCGACGAUUACGCACAGCUUGUGAAUCUACUAAACGUACUUUAUCAUCAUCCUUGCAAGCUUCGAUUGAAAUUGACUCUUUAUCCGAUGGUAUUGAUUUCUAUUCGAAGAUCACUCGUACUUGUUUUGAAGAACUUUGUGCUGAUUUAUUCCAUAAAACAUUAGAACCCGUUGAAAAAGCAUUACGUGAUGCUAAAAUGGAUAAAUCAGAAAUUCAUCAAAUUGUUCUUGUCGGUGGUUCAACACAUAUACCACAAGUACAGAAACUAUUACAAGAUUUCUUUCAUGGAAAAGAACUUAAUAAAUCAAUUAAUCCAGACGAUGCUGUUGCUUAUGGUGCAGCUAUUCAAGCUGCUCUGUCAACAGGUGAUAGAUCAGCAAAUAUUGAAGAAGUUGUUUUAUUUGAUGUUACGUCCUUUUCAUUCGGUAUUGAAACAUCUGAUAGUAUUAUGACACCAGUAAUUAAACGGAAUACAAUCAUUCCAGUUGUACAAAGUCACAUAUUGACAACAUAUGCGGAUAAUCAAACAAGUAUACUUAUUAAAGUUUAUGAGGGUGAGCAUGCAACGGCCAAAAAUAAUUAUCUGUUAGGACAAUUUGAAUUAUCAGACAUUCCACCAGCACCAUGUGGUGUAGCACAAAUUGAAGUUAGAUUUUGUAUGGAUAACAGAGGUACAUUAUUUGUUUCAGCUAUAGAUAAAAGUUCUGGAAAAGAAAACGAAAUUAUCAUAACAAAUGAUCAAAAUAAUUUGUCUAGAGAUGAAUCAGAACAUAUGAUUUUGGAUGCUAAAAGAUUUCAAACGCACAAUGAGAUAUCACAUGAAUAUAAUUCAUUAAAACAAUCAUUCAGAUCCGAUAAUAUUGAUACUGCGGCAACAAUAAAUAAUGAAAAAUUGAUAGAUAAAAUUGAUACAAAUCAAAGAAAAAUAAUAAUUGAAAACAUUGAAGAAAUAAUUGAAUGGACGGAAAUAAAUCAAUAUGCUAGAAAAGAUGAUUAUGAAUAUAAAUUAGAAAAAAUCAGAAACAUUUGCAAUUCACUUUUGACUAAACUAUCUACUGAAUCUAGUGGCAUACCUGAUGGCAUAAGUAUAGAUAAAGAUAGAUGUUCAAGGCCAAUAGUUGAGGAUGAUAAUUAG